AUGGCCGCCUUGAGUGGAAUGCAAUCGACUCAAGUCUCAGGAACACCGAUUCCCCAGUAUAUUUAUGGUGCUCCGCGCCCAUAUGGAGCAUUUUACGGCCGUCGAGAAGUCGCCACCUCGCCUCCGGGGACCAUGAUGAACCCUACAGUCGAUCAUACUACUACGAUGACCUCAACUGAUCCUGUGAUGUUCCAUCCAGCGUCCGCACCCAUGACUGAUUCUCACACUUCCAAGUCGAUGAACACGAUGGCUGCAACGAUGAUGAGCGAAUCCACUAAUGGAACAGCCAAAAUCGCUCGUCGACAAAUUUCUUCCGCAGCGUCAGGAGGAACCAUGCAGAUGGCUAACAAUCCCGACGGAGGUAUGAUGCCCCAUCCUAUGGGCCCACCUGGAGCAUUAGGUUCCCACAUGAUGUCCGCCACAGCAGGGUUUCCGGCAACUAUGAAUCACACUAUGGCCUCAACCACCACUCUACCACCUGGAUCCACUGUCAAGAUGGCUCCUACCAUCGCUUCCACGACCCAGCAACUCACCGAAGGCGUCGCGAAACCGAACAUUCGUCGAGAACUUUCUUCAUCGCCAUGGUCAAACAUGAUGAAUCAAACUAGUUCUGGCUCAUCAAGCCAUCCCAUGACUUCCACCUAUACCCCCUCUACAAGCGGAGCUGCGCCAGCUAUAUCAGCGAACAUGAUGCCUUCCAGCUCAAACUCCAACCUGGCAGCCGCAGCGUCUCACUUGAUGGCCACUCAAGGUACCCAAGCGAAUUUAGGACAGAUGUAUGGUACCACGCCUCCCGGAUCGAUGCAGAUGCCUUCAGGCGGACCGAGUCAGAUGGCUUCAAUUGGAUCAAACCAAAUGCCUUCUGCCGGGCUGAUGCAGAUGCCGUCGACCGGGUCGAUGCAGACGCCUUCAACCGGGUCGAUGCAGAUGCCUUCAACCGGGUCAAUGCAGAUGCCUUCAACCGGGUCGAUGCAGAUGGUCAGCAUGAACCCCUCUUCCACUGGACCUGCUAGGACAGUAGCUCGCCGCGAAUUUUAUUCCACAGCCUCUGGAAGUACGCCCUCUGCAAACGCAAUGCCAAGCACUGCUAGUACGACAGCCUCUGUCAUGAUGCCCAGUCAAGGCUACCCGGCCGCCAUGAGUCAAAACUACGGCCCCCCAUCCCAAAUCAACCCGCCCAACAUAAGUCAAAACUCUGUUAACCCGCCCAACAUGAGUCAAAACUUUGGUAACCCGCCCAAUACGAGUCAAAACUCCGGUAACCCGCCCAACAUGAGUCAAAACUCUGGUUACCCAUCGCAAGGGUACCCGGCCACCAUGAGUCAACCAUCUGGUCCUCCAUACACCACUUACCCGUCUGCGCAAACUGGCUCAGGAACAGGUUCAACUUCAAUGACAGGCUCCAGUCCAUUCGGCUCAAUGAAAGCCACAUCUGGCGCUUAUCCGAUGAUGAGCUCGGGAUCAAGUCCUUAUUCUUCCCCACUGAAUUCGAGUGCGCCCAUGGGUCAAAUGACUAGCCAAAGUCCUUAUGGGUCAGCCACCAUGAAUCCGAACUCGGCUGGAACCCCUGUCGUCUCGAUCCAAUACCUCGGCUCGAACCCCAGCACCUCAGCCCAAGGAAACCCCCUCACUUCUUCUGCAUUGAAUAGCCAACUUCCUCCCUCCUCUUACGGUUCUGGGCAGCCCAGCUCAUCCCGCUCUCCAGCUGCUGCGCAAUAG